AUGCUUCGUAUUCAAAAAAUGAAGCGUACAAGUUCUGGAUAUCAUAGUCAUCGUAGUGGAGAACAGGGUAAAGAUGGAGGUGUUGCUAGUGAAACAACAAAUAGUGGUUCAAAUAAACCUCAAACACAAACUGAUAAUGAUGACGAUGAUGAUGAAGAUGAACCUGUUUAUAUUGAAUCAAGUCCAUGUUCUCGGUGGCAAAAACGACGUGAAACAGUUUCUCAACGUGAUAUUCCAGGUAUUGAUGCAUCUUAUUUAGCUAUGGAUACUGAAGAAGGUGUUGAAGUUGUUUGGAAUGAAGUUUUAUUUUCUGAAAGAAAAAUUACUGAUAUACAACAUAAUAAAGUCAGUGAAGUUUUUAAUAAAUUAAUCGAUUUACAUCAUAUGAAUAUCGUUAAAUUUCAUGAUUAUUGGCAAGAUCGUACGAAAAAUGAUGAUCGUCCACGAGUUGUGUUUAUAACUGAAUACAUGUCAAGUGGUUCUUUAAAAACAUUUUUACGUAAAACAAAAAGAACAAAACAAAAUUUAUCAAAAAAUUCUUGGCGACGAUGGUGUAUUCAAUUAUUAUCAGCACUAAAUUAUUUACAUUCAUGUGACGAACCUAUUAUUCAUGGUAAUCUAACUUGCGAUACAAUUUUUAUACAAAAUACCGGUCUUCUAAAGAUUGGAUCACUUGCUCCUGAUGUAUUACAUCGUCAUGUAAAAAGUAUUUCGGAUCCAUCAGCAAAACAUUUACAUUUUCAAGCUCCAGAAAUUGAUGAUGAAUUAAAUCAAAUUACAACAGCAGUUGAUAUAUAUUCACUUGGGAUGGUAACACUUGAGAUGAUCAAUCUUGAUCUCGGUGGAAAUGGUGAUACACAUGCAGUAACAGACGAUGUUGUGAGUGAAGCUAUUGAAACUCUUGAUAAUCCUCUUCAAAAAGAUCUUGUUUUAAAAUGUCUCGAAAUCGAUCCAUUGAAACGACCAACAGCACGUGAAUUACUUUUUCAUCCAGCUCUAUUUGAAAUUCCAACAUUAAAACUUUUAUCUGUUCAUUCAUUAGCAGAUGAUAUUCGCUCAAAACCAGAUCGUUCAUUUGUUUCACCAUUUCAUCAUUCUAUACCAAAUGAUCAAAUUUUUGCUGAAUCAGAACCAAUUCGAGAAAGUGUUAAACCGGUUAUUUUUACUUAUAAAGAUUGUCCAUCAUUUGAUUUAGAUAAACUUCUUGAAGAUGUUCAAAAUGGUUUACAUCCUAUAACAGCUUAUCAUCUAUUAUUUCCAACACAUAGUACAUUAAAUCUUUCAACAAAAUUAACAAAUACAGAUAGAAUUUUAACAGCAUCAUCAUCAUAUUCAUCAUUAGCUGCAUCAACUUUAAUAAAUACUGAUACAGAUUUAACAAAUUCUGCACAAUCAACAACAGAUUUAUUUAUUAAUUAUCCAACAAAUACAAAUGAUUCAAAUUUAACAACAUUAAUCAAUGGAAUUAAAUCACGUAUUGGUACAACAACAUUUGAACGAUCUAUAUCAGGAACAAAUGAUAAUGAAUAUAAUACUAAUGAUUCAAUAUCAACAUUAACUAAUAAUAAUUCGUCAACAACAUUAUUAUCAAAUACUGAUGAAAGAGAAUAUCGAAGAAUUAUGGAUAUACAAUGUAAACUUAAAACAAAAGAAUCACGUUCAUGUUUGUUAUUUAUUAGUGUCAAAUUUCAAGAUCGAUUACAACGUGAUAUGACAGCAGAGAUUUUUUUAGAUGAAACACCAAAUAAUAUAGCAAAAGAAUUGUUGGAACUCGGUUUAAUUCAUGAAGCUGAUUAUACACGGGUUGAACAAUCAAUUCAUAAAGCAUUAAAUGCUACAGUAACUUCUCCAGAUAUACUUAAUAAUACAGCAACUUCAUUACUUGAUGUGAAAAAAACAGCGGUCGCCGCAGCUACAGCUGCUCUUAUAACAGCUCAAGCUUUACAAAAUCAAUUAAGUACACCAUCUACUUCAAAUGGAACAUUAAUGGACGGAAAUAAUGCAUGCACAUGGACUAAUACCCUAGUUCAACCAGUCACAUUUUUACCGACAUAA